AUGCAUAGAUACUUAUUUGUAUUUGUAGCAACUGCAGGUUUGGGGCAGGUUCUUGGCUUGAGCUGUGGAGCGACGUGGGAUGUGCAGACUUGCUACCGGUGCAAGGGCUACUACGACAGCUGUGGAAAUGACGAGGAAUGGCCCAAUAUGAGCCCUCAGGAAUGCAGGUCGUACAUUGAUGGCACAAGUAUCCUGUCUGUACACUACAGCACCUCUAACUGUGCCCGCUACAACUGCAACUACAACAUUCGCUACACCUCGGACACACGCUGGCUUGCAAGGGCAACAUGCAACUCAGAUUGCCGAAACUUCACACUAUCCUACGUUUCCAGACGCCGAGUCUCCUCCAGCCAUACCGCCCACUCUUCAUCGUACCCAGGAAGUAUCGGUAGGUGUUUAGAGAAGUGUUUUGACACACACAACUGCUACACCGUAGAAUACGAUAACGACGAUGGGCGAUGUGUGUUGUUCACAAGCUGCGGGACAGAUUGCAAUGUGGAAUAUGACUACAAUUCCGACGUGUAUGAAAGAGAAUGUCAUGACGAGUGUCCGGAAUUGUUCAAUGCUUCUACAUACACUGUCAGCACACUUUCAAUCUCGGUUGGGGCGACAGCAAACUACACCUGCCGCGACGGUUUUACUCACACCGGCGGAGACCUCACAAGAACUUGUGAGGCUUUGCUGACUUGGAGCGGUGUUGAACCCAUAUGCGAAAUUACUUGCACAGGAACGUUUCUAACACAGAUAUGUUACAAAUGUAAAGGCUACUACGGGAGUUGUGGGAACAACUUUGAAUGGCCAUACAUGACAGAAGACGAGUGUCGGAACUCGAUCGAUGGCGUGAACACACUUUCAGUGCACUAUAAUCCGUCCUCCCCCGGCUGUGCACGCUACAACUGCCACACUAACACCUACUUCACAGAUUCCACACGUUGGCAGGCAAGAUCUACGUGUAAUCCGGACUGCCUGGUCUUCACGUUAGGAAAGAUAGACUACCAAGAUGUCACGGAUGCAGAAACAGUAUCUUUCACGACACACAUCGAAGGAGAAUGUUUCAUAAGUUGUUUCGACUUCCCCGACUGUCGAGUGUUUACUUACAACAGAUAUACAAAGGUGUGCAAAUUAUUUAGCUGCAGUCACACCACAUGUACCCUAUCGGAGCAUAUGGGAUCGUCAACACUAUAUUACAGAGAGUGUCACACAGAAUGCACCGCCUUGCAUGACGCAUACACAUAUUCGAUAUCUACGGCAACCAUUCGUGAGCCAGGUACUACAGCAAGUUACACGUGCAGAGCCGGAUAUGAGUUGACGGCCGGAGACUUCGAAAGACACUGCCAGCAAACUUUGCUAUGGAAUGGAACAGCACCGACAUGUUCGUAUGUCGGUUGUGAGUCGGCUUGGGUACACCAGGUCUGUUAUAAAUGUAGAGGAAAUGUUAAUUAUUGUGGCAAUGGCGGUUUUUGGGGUGUUUUAUCUAAACAGGAAUGUGAAAGCUUUGUCGACGGCGUUAAUUACAUAUCAGCCCACUACAAUCCAACUGAUUCAGGAUGUGCAAGAUAUACUUGCCAUGAAAAUACGUAUUUCACAGAGUCUUCAAGAUGGCAAAUGCGCACAAGUUGUAAUACUGAAUGUACCAACUUCACUCUUGCGUUGACCGAAAACGUUAAAGUAGAUGCUAGUGUUCCGGCCAACAUAUCUUUCAGGACAAAUGAAAUCGGCGAAUGUUUUAUCAGCUGUUUCGAACUUGUUGGAUGUUUUAUAUUUACGUACGAUAACAAUGCACACAUGUGUGAAAUUUACACCUCUUGUGGGACCACGUGCACAACAAUGGCAGACUCAAACGUGGAUUUGUACACCAGAAACUGUAACAUAGAGUGUUAUGAACUGCUUAAUACCAUUUCGAGGAGUGUGUAUACGCCUGCUUCACGCUUGCCUGGAAGUAUGGCAAUUUAUGAGUGCGCAUUUGGAUACGUCCAUACUAGUGGUGACAUUGAACGGUCAUGUCAACCAGAUCUGGGUUGGAAUGGUACGGAAGCCAUAUGCAGCAGGGUCAAUUGCUCGACACCUAACAGUCUUUCAAAUGGUGUCGUUGUGGCGAUUAACUCCACGUUUUCGUACAAUGACUUAAUCGAGUAUGUGUGUGAUGCGGGAUACGAGCUGAAUGGCAUUGCAAUACAGCAAUGCCAUGGUGAUGGUAACUGGAGUGAUAUUCCUCCUAUCUGUGAGCCAGUAAACUGUGGGUCGCUUUCACCGCCAUCCAAUGGGAACGUUUCAUUUCCAAACGGUACAACAUAUCAACAGGCUGCAGCUUUUGUUUGCGAUUCGGGCUUUGCUUUGAGCUCUACCACAGUUGUCAAGUGUAUUGCAUCGAAAAGUUGGUCCCCUCAAACUCCGACAUGUGAAAUUAUAGAUUGUGGUGCAGUACCCCACCCUGUCAAGGGGUAUGUCAAUUUGUCCGGAGGGAUUUCAGGAAAUACAACAUACGGGGCCGUUGCAACAUACAACUGUGAUGCUGGAUUCACACUUUCACACAGUCUUACGAGGACAUGCUCUGAUAAUUCAUCAUGGUCAAACACUGCACCCAGUUGUUCCACUAUGUGUAGUGAACUGUUAAAUUCCACAUCGACGAAUGUAUACGUUUCUGAGAGGCAUGCAGGUUUGCCUAUAAUUGUGGCUAUUUACGAGUGUGCGUUUGGAUACGUCCAUACUAGUGGUGACAUUGAACGGACAUGCCAACCAGAUCUGGGUUGGAAUGGUACAGAAGCCAUAUGCAGCAGGGUCAAUUGCUCGACACCUAACAGUCUUUCAAAUGGUGUCGUUGUGGCGAUUAACUCCACAUUUUCGUACAAUGACUUAAUCGAGUAUGUGUGUGAUGCGGGAUACGAGCUGAAUGGAAUUUCAAUACAGCAAUGCCAUGGCGAUGGCAACUGGAGUGAUAUUCCUCCUAUCUGUGAGCCAGUAAACUGUGGGUCGCUUUCACCUCCAUCCAGUGGGAACGUUUCAUUUCCGAACGGUUCAACUUAUAAGCAGAGUGCAGCCUUUGUAUGCGAUCAAGGCUUUGCUUUAAGCUCUUACGACGUUGUGAGUUGUAAUGCUUCAAGGAAAUGGUUUCCCCAAACUCCGACAUGUGACGUUAUAGACUGUGGACCAGUACCCGACCAAGUUAAUGGGUAUGUAAAUUUGUCCGGUGGGAUAUCAGGAAAUACAACAUACGGGGCCGUUGCAAUAUACAACUGUGAUGCUGGAUUCACACUUUCACACAGUCUUACGAGGACAUGCUCUGAUAAUUCAUCAUGGUCAAACACUGCACCCAGUUGUUCCACUAUGUGUGGUGAACUGUUAAAUUCCACAUCGACGAAUGUAUACGUUUCUGAGAGGCAUGCAGGUUUGCCUGUAAUUGUGGCUAUUUACGAGUGUGCGUUUGGAUACGUCCAUACUAGUGGUGACAUUGAACGGACAUGCCAACCAGAUCUGGGUUGGAAUGGUACAGAAGCCAUAUGCAGCAGGGUCAAUUGCUCGACACCUAACAGUCUUUCAAAUGGUGUCGUUGUGGCGAUUAACUCCACGUUUUCGUACAAUGACUUAAUCGAGUAUGUGUGUGAUGCGGGAUACGAGCUGAAUGGCAUUUCAAUACAGCAAUGCCAUGGCGAUGGCAACUGGAGUGAUAUUCCUCCUAUCUGUGAGCCAGUAAACUGUGGGUCGCUUUCACCGCCAUCCAAUGGGAACGUUUCAUUUCCGAACGGUUCAACUUAUAAGCAGAGUGCAGCCUUUGUAUGCGAUCAAGGCUUUGCUUUAAGCUCUUACGACGUUGUGAGUUGUAAUGCUUCAAGGAAAUGGUUUCCCCAAACUCCGACAUGUAACGUUAUAGACUGUGGACCAGUACCCGACCAAGUUAAUGGGUAUGUAAAUUUGUCCGGUGGGAUAUCAGGAAAUACAACAUACGGGGCCGUUGCAAUAUACAACUGUGAUGCUGGAUUCACACUUUCACACAGUCUUACGAGGACAUGCUCUGAUAAUUCAUCAUGGUCAAACACUGCACCCAGUUGUUCCACGAUGUGUGGUGAACUGUUAAAUUCCACAUCGACGAAUGUAUACGUUUCUGAGAGGCAUGCAGGUUUGCCUAUAAUUGUGGCUAUUUACGAGUGUGCGUUUGGAUACGUCCAUACUAGUGGUGACAUUGAACGGACAUGUCAACCAGAUCUGGGUUGGAAUGGUACAGAAGCCAUAUGCAGCAGGGUCAAUUGCUCGACACGUUUCAGUCCUUUGAAUGGCGUCGUUGUGGCGGUGAACUCCACGUUUUCGUACAAUGACUUAAUCGAGUAUAUGUGUGAUGCGGGAUACGAGCUGAAUGGAAUUUCAAUACAGCAAUGCCAUGGCGAUGGUAACUGGAGUGAUAUUCCUCCUAUCUGUGAGCCAGUAAACUGUGGGUCGCUUUCACCGCCAUCCAAUGGGAACGUUUCAUUUCCGAACGGUUCAACUUAUAAGCAGAGUGCAGCCUUUGUAUGCGAUCAAGGCUUUGCUUUAAGCUCUUACGACGUUGUGAGUUGUAAUGCUUCAAGGAAAUGGUUUCCCCAAACUCCGACAUGUGACAUUAUAGACUGUGGACCAGUACCCGACCAAGUUAAUGGGUAUGUAAAUUUGUCCGGUGGGAUAUCAGGAAAUACAACAUACGGGGCCGUUGCAACAUACACCUGUAAUGCCGGUUUUACAAAGUCACACUUUCUUACCAGGACAUGCUCCGAUGGAUCAGUCUGGUCAAAUACUGCACCGAUAUGUCACACCAGUAUUAGCACAACACCAGGUGCUCCAGGGAAAUUGUACAUAAUGCCAUGCAUUUGUUACGAAAAUAAAACAUUUACUGGACUGACACAGGAGGAGAUAAUCAACCUGCUUGUCAAAGAAACAUCCAUUCAGGCUAACUCGACUGCAAAGAGUUUAAACAGACUGCGGAGUAGGACUGAUCCCAGAGCAUCGUCUACAGUCGUUGGUGUCGUGGCAAUAGCAAUCAUUUCGUCAAUAUUCGGACUUCUUUUUCUUUCGGAUAUUCCGACGCUUUUUAGACACACCAAGGCUGCUUUUACGAACAGAAUGGAAAACCUAUAUAAACCGUAACAUGAGCGCCAUAAUUGGAUUCCAACCAUUGUCCUUUUUCAGGAUGUAUUAUUGUUUUUAGUCAAAUUUAUAUGACAUGCUUUUUCACUGUAAACGUCAUCA